GUUGGUUGCCUGGGUGACGGAUGGGGCAAUCCCCUGGAAGGUCCAGCGGCAGCUGUCAAUCAGCGGCGGUUGCCGGGGCGACCGAGUCCCUUUGACAGCGGGUGCCCUGUCAAUCAAGCCGGAGGCGGUGGCGCAGGGCGAGCAGCGUAAGCGGCCGUCGGCCCGGGCAUCGCGCUGUGGAGAUGGCCGAGGUUCACAAUCUUCAGGAGUUACGGCAGAGUGCCUCGUUGGCAACAAAAGUCUUCAUCCAGAGAGAUUACACAGAUGGCAUCCUGUGCCAGUUUCAAACCAAGUUUCCGCCAGAGUUGGAGAGUCGGGUUGAAAGACACUACUUUGAAGACACAGUGAAGACCUUGAACAACUACUAUGCUGAAGCAGAGAAAAUCGGUGGGACAUCCUACUUUGAAGGCUGCCUGGCUUGUAUUACAGCCUACAUCAUCUUCAUCUGUAUGGAGACCCGUUAUGAAAAGGUUUUAAAGAAGAUUUCAAAAUAUAUUCAGGAACAAAAUGAGAAAAUCUAUACCCCCCGAGGACUGCUGAUUACAGACCCAAUCGAGAGGGGGCUGCGUGUUAUUGAGAUUGCGAUCUAUGAGGACAGGUGCAGUAGCGGCAGCAGCAGCAGCAGUGGCACUGGGAGCAGCACAAGCAGCUGCAGUAGGGGCUGACAUCGGGCAACGGGCCGAAUGGCUUUCACCAAACACCGUGCUCCUUUCCCUUUUCCCUUCCUGCGGGAAAGAGACGCAUCGUUUGCAAUAACCAGACUUUUCUGUAUUUGAACAUCACAAGCUCAUCAUGUGCCCCCUUCUCCGAAAGGUAUUAAGAGAAGAAAAGGAACUGGAGGCAAGUGAGCUGUUGACACGGUCCUGCUGACUCAGAGACUACGCUCUCACCUGGAAUGUGACACUGGAAAUGACUAUGUAUUUACAAAUGUUUUUAAUGUAAAUAAUGAUCGUUAACGAAAAGUUAAUCUCUCAGAUGGAGCUGAUCUCCACCCUUUCUGCAAUCAUUCUUGAUUUCCGCAUCCACCCACCCAGUGCUGCUUUUGGAUCUGAAUAGGAUUCAGUCCAGUGUGUGGCUCUUGCUCCUGGUCCAAAGCCAACUCCGAAGCCACUUGCCAACCCUGAAGUUUCAAUUGGGGUGGCAUGGUGGCUCAGUGGUUGGCACUGCUGCCCCCUCAGCACCAGGAACCUGGGCUCAAUUCUACCC